CCUUCCACCCGCAUCCUCUCACUUGUCUGCAUCGCUGUUGCUGUGGAACCUGCUAACAAUGAUAUUCACAGUGGGGCUCCUGCUCUUGGUUCUUGUACCAACAGCUUCUUCUCUUUCCUGCAUAACCUGCUCUGAGAAGAAUGCCACGACUUGCCAAGGACCGAGCAUGCCAUGUAACAAUACCGGGGCACAAUGCGGCUCGUUAUUGGUAUCCAUGACGACAGAUGGACAAACUCUGUGGCAAGUUGGCCGAGGAUGUUUCCAGCAGGAGCAGUGCAACCAACCUAUGGUUUUACGAAUCUAUAACUCCACAGGCAAGCAGGUUGUGUCCUGUUGUUCUGAAGACAAUUGCACUCCCCCUGAUCAAACAUUACCAGUCGAUAACAACCAGCCCAACGGCAUAACCUGCCCAACCUGUUUUUCCGUACAACCUAACGACUGUUCUACCGGGGAUACGAUAAAUUGUGCCGGAGAUGAGACCCAGUGCUUCUCACAAACCUUUACUGUGUCAGCAGGACCCCCAACAGGAGUGACUGCAGUCUCUUUACAAGGUUGCGCCAAUGGAAAUCUCUGCACGUACGGCAAUUACACCCUGAGCAGCGCAUCAUAUAACGUAACCAACAGCAUUUUCUGCUCCAAUAUUACUAGCAACUCAACCGCCAAUGGGAACGCUGGAAACUCAACGAGCUAUUUUACAACCCCCAAUGGGAACACUGGAAACACGAUGAGUUAUUCUGCAACCACCAAUGGAAAUGAUAUAAAUGCAGCCGGGCCCUUUGAUGCCAAUAACACCAUGGGAUAUACAUCUAACACUCCCGUUACUGUCAGUAGUGAUAUUAAGGAUGAGAAUCCUGCUGAUGGCUGCAGUGGACUUCAGGGCCACGUUCUAUUGCCUGCCGCUGCUCUGCUUCUACUGAUGAACCUGUUAUCGUAAACACAGUCAGGGCCCGUGAAUAAUGCCCCAGGGUGGGUACAAUCUGUCGGAAUCAAUAGCAUCCAAUCAGAACUCUGCUAUAAUUAAGGUCUUAGACCAGUCAAAGCAC